AUGCCUUCCGAUACUGUCAUUGAUGGUGCUCGUUGUCUUCGACGUAUUCGGAAACUUUAUAAACUAUGGCAUAAUACCGAACAAGACGAUGACACUAUUGUAUUAACGAAUGAUAAUAAUGCAAUACGAUCUGUUGAUGCAAUUAUUCUUGUACGAGGACAAAAAGAAGAUAAUUCGAUUUAUAGUAAAACUGCUGCUAUGCAGACUUGGUUAUUUGGUGACGAAAUAUAUGAUAUUCUCGUUGUAUUUUGUCAAGAUUCGGUAAUUAUAUUUGCAAGCGCGAAAACAAUUAAUUAUCUUAAACAAAUUGAAAGCGAACAAAAUAAUAAGGAAAAUUCACCGAGAAAUUUUAGUUUUUUAAUACGUAAAGAUAAUGAUGAAAAAAAUUUUUCGGAUAUUAUUAAACAAAUAAAACAAAGUAAUGAUGGUCAAACAUUAGGCGUCUUUUUAAAAGAUAAAGCAGAAGGAGCAUUUGGUGAACAAUGGCAAAAUUAUUUAAAUGAACAAUCAUUUUCAACUGUAGAUAUAAGUACUUCAAUUGCUUAUCUACUUUCUAUUAAAGAUGAUAAAGAACUUCCUUUAAUUCGUAAAGCAUGCGAUAUUACUGGAAAACUUUAUGCUAAAUAUUUAAAAGAUCAAAUUGUUAAUGCUGUUGGUUUAGAAAGAAAAAUAAAACAUUCAAAACUAUCGGAUGGCGUUGAAGCUGCGUUAAGCGAUGAAAAAUUUGUGGCUAAAGCUGAUUUUAAUCAUGUCGAAAUGUGUUAUCCAGCGAUUAUACAAAGUGGAGGAAAUUAUAAUUUAAAAUUUAGUGCUUCAAAUGAUAAAAAUCUUUUACAUUAUGGUGGUUCAUCGAUAAUUUGUGCAUUUGGUACUCGAUAUCGAUCGUAUUGUUCAAAUCUUGUUCGUACAUUACUUGUUAAUCCAUCUGAUGAAAUGAAAAAUACAUAUAAAUUUUUAAUGGAUUGUGAAGAAUUAAUUAUACAAAAUCUUAAACAUAAUGUACAAUUAUGUGAUGUGUAUAAAUUAGUACGAGACAAAGUUCAAAAUGAACGACCAGAAUUUGCGAAUAAAUUAACAACUACUUUAGGAUCCGUAGUAGGUAUUGAAUUUCGUGAAAAUACUAUUGCUAUUACUAGUAAAUGUACAAUUCAAGCAAAAAAAGGCAUGACUUUUCAAGUUAGUAUUGGUUUGUCUGGCUUAGAUAAUCUUGAUGGAAAAGAUGAUCAAUCGAAAACGUAUGCUUUAUUUAUUGGCGAUACCGUACUUGUUAAUGAAAAUGAACCUUGUACAAUACUUACAUCAUCAAAAAAAGAUAUAAGUCAUAUUGCAAUUAUUCUAAAUGAUGAUGGAUCUGAACCAGAAGAAGUCGAAAAAACACCUGCUAUAACUCCAAGACGAGCAGCCACUACAGAAACCAAACGAAGUGAUGCACCUGAAGAAUCACGUCAAGAAUAUCAAAAAGCAUUAUUACGUAGAUUAAAUGAACGUGCUGAAGCUCGAUUAACAUCACAAGAUGAUAAAGUCUCAUCUGAAAAAGCUCGAAGAAUAAAUAAUUCAUAUAGAUCCGAAGGGCAAUUACCACAAGAUCCUGAUAUUCAAGAUUUAAAACUUUAUGUUGAUAAAAGAUAUGAAACAGUUAUUUUACCAAUUAAUGGUAUAUCUACACCAUUUCAUAUUUCAACGAUUAAAAAUGUAUCAUUAGCUGUCGAAGGUGAAUAUAUUUAUCUACGUAUAAAUUUUUUUAAUCCUGGCGGUAUUGGUAAACAAGCUGAUUCAAUCGAUAAAGAAAAUGUCUAUAUUAAAGAAUUAACAUAUCGUGCAUCGAAUGAGAAAAAAGAUGAUGUAGCACCAGCAUCAAAUAAUCUUUCUCAUGUUCAUAAAUUAAUUCUUGAAACACAAAAGAAAUAUAAAGAUCAAGAACAAGAAAGAAAACAAAUGGAGGGUGUUGUUAAACAAGCUGCAUUAACACUUAAUCCAAGCAAAGUCAAUCCAAAAUUAAAGGAUCUUUAUAUUCGUCCAAGUUUAGCAAAUAAAAAAAUCAAUGGAUCAUUAGAAGCACAUACAAAUGGUUUUCGUUAUACAUCAGUCCGUGGAGAUAAAAUUGAUAUAUUAUACUCUAAUGUUCAAUAUGCAUUUUUUCAACCAUGUGAUAACGAAAUGAUUAUAUUAAUGCAUUUUCAUUUAAAACAUGCAAUUGUUUUUGGUAAACGAAAACAAAUUGAUGUACAAUUUUAUACUGAAGUUGGUGAAUUAACAACUGAUCUUGGUAAACAUCGAAAUAUGCAUGAUAAAGAUGAUGUUCUAGCUGAACAAGCAGAACGUGAUUUACGUAAUAAGUUAAAAUCAGCAUUUCAAGGUUUUAUUGAUAAAGUAAUACAACAAAAAAAUUUUCCAUUUGAAUUUGAAAAACCAUUUCGUGGAUUGGGUUUUCAUGGUACACCACACCGAUCAAUGGUUUUAAUCAUGCCUACAACAACAUGUGUUGUACAAUUAACUGAAUGGCCUCCAUUUGUUGUUGUACUUGAUGAAGUUGAACUUGUUCAUUUUGAACGUGUUCAUUUUCAAUUAAAAAAUUUCGAUAUGGUUUUUAUUAUGAAAGAUUAUUCGAAAAAAACAUUAAGUAUACAAUCAAUACCAAUGGCUGAACUUGAUCCAAUUAAGAAUUGGUUAAAUUCAUGCGAUAUUUGUUAUACGGAAGGUCCACAAUCAUUGAACUGGGCAAAAAUUAUGAAAACAAUUGCUGAUGAUAUUGGUGGAUUUUUUGGGGGUGGUGGCUGGACAUUUUUAGAAACUGAAGGUGAUGAAAAUCAAGGACACGGAGGAGCUGCUGAUGAUUCUGAUAUUGAAGAAGAAGAUUAUAAUCCAGAAGAAGAAGAAGAUGGUGAUGAAGAAGGAUCAGAAAGUGAUUAUUCUGGUGAAGAAGAAGAAGAAGAUGAAUUUAAAGAUGAAGAAAGUGAUUCAGAUGCAUCUGAAAAUUUAGAAUCUGAUGAAGAAUCAGGUAAAAGUUGGAGUGAACUUGAAGAAGAAGCAAGACAAGCUGAUGCAGAAAAAUUAGAAUAUGAUUCAGAUAAUGGCGGACGAAAUAAGAAAAAAGUUGGAAGUAGUAGUAGUAAUAUACCAUCGAAAUCGCGACCUUCAUCUAUAUCACCAUCGAAAACACGACCUUCAGGUAUACCACCAUCGAAAACACGGCCUUCAGCUAUGCCAUCAUCGAAACCACGACCUUCAACUAUACCAAAUAAACGACCAGCUCAUUCACCACCACCAACAAAUAAUAAAAAGAAAAAGAAAUAA